AAGAAUAUGAAUCCAUCAUUCAAUCACGAGACGUCGAUAAAGCACAGCACACCUAAGUAGCUGCCAAAAAGUACCUGACAUCAUAUACAAAAAAAUUAAAACACAAAUCAAAAUGAAAUUCGUCAUCGUUUUCGUCGCACUCUUCGCCGUCGCUUUGGCUGCACCACCACAGCAGCAAGUUGAAAUUGUGCGUCAGGACUCCGAUGUGCAACCCGAUGGCUACCGUUUCGGUUAUGAGACCAGCGAUGGUUCGAAGCACGACGAGGAGGGUAAACUUAACAACAUCGGCACCGAUGAAGAGUCCAUCUCAGUGCGUGGUUCUUUCAGCUUUGUCGCCGACGAUGGUCAGGUCUACACUGUCAACUAUAUUGCUGAUGAGAAUGGUUUCCAACCACAAGGCGCUCAUUUGCCAGUCGCUUAAGCAAUAGUUUUUUCAUGGUAAAAGAAUGUGUCGGUGUGUCGGGCGAAGGCCUUUUUUGUUCGUUGUGAAAGUAUUAUUGAAAGAGAAAAUAGAUAAAAAAAUAAAAUUAUUUUAAUACAGUUUAAAA